AUGGAAACUGUCCAGUCCUACUCUUCUUCCUCAACAACAAGUGAGGCAGGACUCGGACCUCUGCGCGAGGAUCAAAUGGAAACGGUUGAGGCAAGACUCAAGGCAGGACUUGGACCUCUGCGCAAGGGUCAAGUGGAAGCGGUGCUUCAGACUGUGAUGUCCAGUACCAUGAACACGAGUAGGGCUACAUGGAUUCCCCUCCUAAAUCAAGCUGAGGCGGGCGUAACGAGUCUUUGGGAUGCACUCUUUCUGAGCGUUAUGAGUACUCUUCACGCCGGACUGAAUGUGGCCCGUGCAGAUGUCGUUCACGUUGCCCAACUACAAGCAUUCCUGAGUAAUUUCAGCACUGCCGAGCGCAAGGAAUGUGUCGAUCUAAUCGUAAAGACUCUCAAAAACUCUGAGUGGACCCCUUUGAUCGAGUAUGCAGCAUUGAAGCUGCGAGUUACUGAAUCUCCGAGAUCCAAUUAUAUUAUGAUCGAUAAUAAGUUUGGUGUUGCAAGAGGCCUUGCUGAGGCCUACCGUACACGGUUCAUUGGAGAUGCUGCUUACGCAUUCAUUCAGCAUCUCGAGGAGAUCGACAAGGAGCCGGGCAACUCCAGGAAACCACGUUAUGCCAAAGCCAUCUCAAUUAUUCAAAGCUCUGGGACCGGAAAAUCACGAAUGCUCACGGAGGUUGGCACACAAAUCUUUACCCUCCCCAUCUGUCUUCGUGGCGCCUGGGAUCCGGGAUAUCCGUUAUCAGAUACCCCCGUGUUUGACUACUUCCAAUCCCUGAAGAUCAAGUGCGGGGAUAAUGAUUGGAGCAUUAGCGCACUGGGGGGCAUUACUAGUUUCCUCGCAGCCGCACACGAGACAAUGCUGACCUCGCUCCAAAACAUUCUUACUGAGGAGAAAUGCGAGAAAGCAGAAGUCCUCGGACAUUGGCACGAGAUGAUGGAGGGAGGCAGAGCAAGAAUUUAUCGGAGGAAGUUUUUCGGAGUCGUGAUAGAGCGGGCCAAUGAGUUAAAAAAUGACUAUUCUACGACCCAGAAGAGCCCCAAGCGCGAAGAUGAGAAUUAUGACGCAAUCGGGCACGCCAGAGACUUUUAUCAUCGACAUGCAAAAGCAGCCGUUGGCAACCUCGUGGAGUUCAUCAAGAGCCUUACCUCUAACCCACUAUGCGUGACAUAUUUCGAUGAAGCUCACGAGCUGGGGAAAUGUUUCUGGAUUAUGUUACGUUUAUUGCAAAAUCAAGAUGAUUCCAUAAAAAUGUGGUACAUCUUUAUGGGAACAAAAUCAAGCUUAACAGAUUUUGCACCUCCUCAAAACAUGAUAUCCGCAAGACUCCGAAAGGAAGUGCGUCGACUGGAGCCCCCCUACUUUGCUCUCGAUUUUGAUCAGUAUGCUAUCGAGGAGGCCAAAACUUCGAAAAUUUCGACUAUUGGUCAUCUUGGAACAUUGCACCAUCUCGCCCAAUACGGGCGGCCAUUGUGGCGUGCGAUGUCGCCCGAGGUGGGUGACGGACUGGUGGAUCUUGCUGUCUGGAAGCUCAUCGCUGGUGAAGAAUUUAAUGCCGGCAGUCGGGAUCAUGUGUUUGCUGUGCUUGCACAGCGGAUUUGCCUCGAUCCUGUUCUGUCAAAUGCUGAGGCCAUCGAGUUGGCUAAUCGGAGUGUCUCCCAUCAUAUGAGACUCCUCGCAGGCAUCUCGACUGAGAACGCGAUGUUUUUCACCCAUUCACCAUCGGAACCAAUUCUGGCUUUAGGUGCGGCAUCGAUAUUGUAUGAUCCUGACCCCAUGGCCUCUGGGAGGUUGCCUCAAGUCCUGAGGACGUUGAGCCAAGAUUUGUGCCAUGCUGGUUUAAUCGAAAAAGGUCUUAUGGGUGAACUUGCUGCCCGUUUCCUCCUUCUCACUGCACGUGACUAUGCUGCCCCAAGUCAGGAAGGACACCGUAACCUGCGAGAUCUUGUUCCCCUGUUGGGCUUCCUGCAAAGUCUUUUUGGUCCCAUUAUUUGGGAUGCCUUCCAGGAAUCUUUCAGUAAUGCAUUUGUCAACUUCACACAUUGGGCUGUCACAAGGGACUUCUUACCUGAGACGCCUCCUCGGAACUUACUUCCUAACCUCUGGGCUCGGGGCACCAUAUUGCAAUGCUGUUUCAAUCAAUCAUCGAUUGAUUUCUUAUGCCCCAUCUAUUUUGGCUCUGUCGAGCCUGAAGAUGUUUUUGAUCCUGACAAGCUGUCGGGACUUGUUGUCCAGGUCAACCCCCUUCCUUAUCUUGCCCUGCUGAUGGAGCUUGGUACUGAGUCCAAGUACCAGGGAAUUGCAAUGGUCACAUACCAAGCCCCCAAGCAUUUCCAGCCCUCGGAAUAUCAAGAACUGAAGGCAGAAUGUGAGUCUGCCUGGGAUAAUUUGUCCCAACACAAAGAGAAACAUCCAAAAGAUGAAACAGUUUUGAAGAAGCUGAAGGCACAGGCUCAAGGCAAGCAGCUGGAAAUGGACUUAUACAACCGCUACCUGAUCUCGGCCCGAGGUGCAGGUGAAAACACUUAUCCCAUACUAAGAACAGCAGGAAUCACAAAUGAAUUCAAGACCUUCCUUGACAUUGUUGUACCUCAGGCAUCAUCCAAGGAGCCUCUCAUUGGACACAUGCGACCUCUGGAUCGCUUUGGGGGGGACUUUUCACAGUCUCACUGGAUGUCUGAUUAUGGGAGGUAGUGAAGGAAGAUUUCUUGUUGGG